AUGGGUGGGUUGGGGAAAUGUACGUCCCAGGUACUCCCAGAAUUUGACGUACUAAUUUUCGGGAGGAUAUUAAAUAACACUCAACCCAGUCAAAAUGUAACUGAUUGGGCUGAGGAUGGCUAUAAUGAUAUCCUGGAACCUCACAUGUUGGCACAUGAAGCAGUAUGGAAGCAGUAUGGUUUUGGUAAGGCCAGGAAUACGCCAGAAUUUGGUAAGUGUAACUUUGGUAGUAAGCCCACAGCACUUGCAGUGUUGAGUCAAACACAGACUACAUCACUAUUGAAUCAGACUGAACAGCAUAUUACGGAAAUUUUUGGAUCUACUCUUGAUGCGUCUGUAUUUGGUAAAAGUUGUCAGACAACUAACGCAAAUCCAAUAUUUUAA